AAUGCAACCAUCUCAUCUCUCGGCCAAUCUAUGAUUUUUUUAUUUUUUUUUGCUAGACUGCAUUUUGGCACUUGACCCCUAUUGAUCCUUUGAUGCUUCUCCUUCCUCGAGACUCUUUUUCUUUUCAGAUUUAGUAGUCUUUAAUUAUUUGUACAAUUUAUUGUUAUUUUUCGUAUCGGGAUAUCCCAAGAUUUUCCACGCGAUACGGCGCUGUUUAUCGAAAAGCUGACAGAGCUUGUAGCAAACCGGUCUCCGCUUGCACGCGCUUAGUUGUCUCAAUCGUCUCUUAUUUUCUGCCCCCGAACCCUGUCAGGUUAUAUGCGGCGUCAAUCAGGGUCAUCCAGGCGUCUCGAAUGAGAAAGCUCCGACCUCAUCCAAGGAGUUCGUGACGCCGAUUGGCUUUCGGCUGCCCCUUGAGCGACGACAUACAGCCGACUUUGUGUGCUUUGCGCAUUAAGGACCAUGUCGCAUCUAUCGCUCCGGUGCAGCGAAGGCCCAUCGGGUUCUCAACUUUUAGAUGACAGUCCAACGAUUGGCAGGGCCGUCGUGAAUUAUCCUUCUGCUGACAGUAACCCACCACCACCGCUGUCGAUAUCACUUACCAGCCCGAAACAACGAAAGCCUCCAGCUCCCAGCCCUCUGCAAACAAGCACGGCCGUGUCUCCGCCUUCCAGUGCGAGCCCAUCUCGAUCGAAAUUCCCCGACAAAUUAUUUUCAGCCGCUUCAGUUACCCAAAGCUCAUCGCGAGAAGGGUCGCGACAUACCGCGGACACUCGAUUCAAGGACUCUUUCCUUUCAGGAAACACCGAUCAUAGGGACGAAGUUUCUCCAGUUUCGCCUUUAUCUGGAGUGAGCCCAUUAUCAUUUCCUUCGAAUGACAACCGCGGCGUUUCCGACCCGAUCGCACCUAUAAAGAGGCCUCUAGGCUCCACCGAUGCGAGUCUGCCUAUCAUGGCCGGCAACUCGACGUCAUCCAGGCCUGAUAUAUCUCCAGGAGGUGCUCCUCGGACGUCCUCUAUCGAUUCCGCCAUAUCCGCCAUUUCCUCGCGAACCCACUCCCACCAGGGUUCACAGGAUACUCAGUCUGGAACUGCAGAUAUUUCUAAUUUGGUCCGGGCAGCAGGCAGUCCCGAGGCUGUAAUACAAUAUUUAUUGAAGGAGAAGCAUUCUCAAUCUCAGCAAAAUACACAGUUAUGGAGACUUGUCGACAAGCAGAGGGCGAUGAUCCUUGGCCUUAAUAAGGAUCUCGAGCGGGCUCUGAAAGACAAAGAGAAAUAUCGGAAGAAGCUUAAGGAAGUAAUGACUGCGCAUGAUGAGCGAUUAAAACUCGAACUCGUACAAUCUAAUGGACCGAGUAUUCCUCGCGUCAAUGUUAAUGUGCCUAGAGAACAGGAAGUUGACGUACCGGCGUCACCAUCUAAUCUUGAUUCAGCAGACAGUGUUAAACACUCUCCUAUUGACGUAGCUCUAGCGCCCUAUCCUAUCACGCCUCCGGCCGAUCAUAUUCCCAACGGACUACCGUCAGCAGUUGGCGAACUUUUAGAUCCAUCACAUGCGAUGCCGAAGGCAUCCGAACAUGCCUUGGACCAUUUUGAUCGUGAAGAAGAGGACCGUGCCGCUGACGCAGCUAAGAAAGCGUCGGAUGCAUCAAAAGACCUUCCCAUCAGCCUUACGCUCCCUCCAUCCCGAAGCCUCCCGAGCGAUCCACCUCGAAUGCCCCCUCCUAAACGUCCCACGGGCGAACCUCCGGCAGUAUCGGUUAUUGAAGCAACUCCAUUGAUUGAUCAGGGCACUUCCCAAUUUCCGCCGCCAUCUGCUCCGCCGCCACGUAAACCUCCACCCGCCCCACUACAGUUGAAGAAAGACUCGAAGGUGCCUGCUUCAAUUUCCCCAGAGGACGGAGACGAUUCGGAUUCGGACUACGAUUCGUUGCUAGAAGUGGACGAACUGCCAAUCCCCGAAAAGCGCGGUCGGAGAAGAACAAGGGAGGAAGAUGACCGGGAGAGAGAAAUCCUUGCUCAGCAGGAGGCCGAGGCUCGUAGUCUGUCAAAGAAAAGCAAAAAGGGUAGCCAAAAGGGUACACCUAUUGCUAAAGAGCCGGAACCUUCGUAUCAGGGAGUCUCUGCAAGUCCUCGGAUGCCUGGGACUCAGCCUAUGCUAGCACCCGAGAAUAUACCCGCGUCGCUAGCUGGUAUGUUGAGUGGCAACGACAUCCGACAAACCACUGUUCCUGGUUUGAUGAUGAGUCCCGGUCUUCCCGCCAGCCCAAGACCGAUGGGGAUGAAGUCGCCUAUGCAUUCCCCCCCAGUGUCACCUCGCGGCAUGGGGAUGGGCAUACCUCUUUCGCCACGAGCUCCUAGACAGCCUAUCCCUAUGCCUCCCAACGCAAUGAUGCCAAAUUCUUCCUCAGCGGAUUCGAGCCAGACAUCCGCUAGACAUCCUAAUGUGGCUAAGCAGGCGUCGGAAGCCGCACAGUCAAGUCCUACAAGUCGGGAAAGCCCGGUCGAAAGAACGAAGAUUUACAAAGGAUUUGUAACCGACGAAUAUCCCGAUUUAUUAUUACCACCGAACGCUUUACCCUCAAUUGAGGUCAAGGUUGCUUCGUCUCGCAUGAAGCCAUCCCGAGCUAGUCUCCUUUCACUAACACAGCUAGAGGAAGACCCCGUCUUCACUCUAGCUAUUUUCUCGCGGUCUGAAGGCGUUGAAUUGUGGAGAGUGGAGAAGGACACAUCGUCCCUCGCCAAGUUGGACCAGAAGAUGAAACAAUGCGCGUCUUUCAAUGCUAAGACGCCAGAUAGGUCUCUUUUUAGUGGUCACUCACCUGCUAAGCUCGAUGCUCGCCGUACUAUUCUAGACCAAUACCUCGAUGAACUUCUAAACGCCCCGCUUGACACUCCUACAGCCCUCGAACUUUGUAAAUACUUAUCAACUCAUACACUCCGACCUAACGUCGAUGAUUCCUCGUCUACCAACGAGUCAACCAAUGAAGGAAAUGCGCAGAAAAAGGGUCCUGGAGGCAGACCGUUCAAGAAUGGAUACCUAACGAAGAGAGGAAAGAAUUUUGGGGGGUGGAAAGCCCGAUUCUUUGUCCUCGAUGGGCCUCAUCUGAAAUACUACGAGGCACCUGGUGGUGCGCACUUGGGAACCAUUAAGCUUCAAAAUGCGCAAAUUGGGAAACAAUCUCAGCAAUCCAAUGAUGGGUCUCCCGCAAGUGGCCCGAACGGCGAUGAAUUGGACAAUCAAUACCGACACGCAUUCUUGGUCUUAGAACCAAAGAAAAAGGAUUCUAGCAGUCACGUGAAACAUGUUCUCUGCGCUGAAAGUGAUUCGGAGCGUGAUGAGUGGGUAGAUGCCCUACUUCGCUGGAUCGAUUAUCGGGACGGUAACGAUGAGGAAACGCAUACCUCGACCGGACAGGAUCGAAGCCAAGCUAGUGGCAACGGCGCUCACGCCAACAGUGCAAAUGCGAAGAGAAAAGGACAUGGUCACGGAAAACAUCAGGGUCAGAGAGGCGGUAGCCAGGAUGGGCUAAUCGGGAUGAGCUACGAUUCAGCCAAACAGGGUGACAUCCCAGACGGUGCACCUUCGCGGCGUCAUAAAACGGCAACGCCUGAACCCCAAGAUAGGGCUAAUGGGCCAACCUAUACCAUUUCCGCGCCGAAAGAUCCGCAAUUGAUACCCGACUCUGCGACGUGGGGUGGUAAGAUGGGCCUGGCUCCGCCUGGCCCUACGACUGAGGAAAAGAAGCAACGGAAACGUAGUUUCUUCGGAUUUGGCCCGAAAACUCGGUCUUCUUCGGACGAUCAAGAUCCAUUAUAUGGUUCUAACACCGGCAAUCCUCUCCAGGCUCCACCUGAGCAACGCGGUCCGAUCCGGCAAGUAUUUGGAGCAUCUCUCGCAGAUGCCGUAAGAUUUAACGGACCAUUUGAUGUUAGCGUUCCUCUUCCGGCGGUGGUCUACCGUUGUAUUCAGUAUCUCGAUGCCAAGAAUGCAGUUCUAGAAGAAGGUAUCUUCCGGUUGAGCGGUUCUAACCUAGUAAUCAAACAACUGCGCGAGCGCUUUAAUACUGAAGGCGAUGUUAACAUUGUUACUGACAAUACGUACUACGACAUUCACGCCGUUGCUUCCCUACUAAAACUUUACCUUCGCGAGCUUCCGACCACCAUUCUCACCAGGGAUCUCCACAUGAAAUUUGUUGAGGUGACGGACAUGCCUAACCAUCGAGAGAAAAUUAUGUCUCUAGCAGGUCUCGUGCAACAACUCCCCCUGGCCAACGAGACGUUAUUGAAAUAUCUCAUCGCCUUCUUGAUAAAGAUUAUCAACCAUUCAGAUAAAAAUAAGAUGACCGUACGUAACGUGGGUAUUGUCUUCUCACCAACACUUAACAUCCCAGCGCCGAUAUUUGCCCUGCUAUUACAGAACUAUGAGGGAAUAUUCGGGUUGGAUCCAGAGGAGUACGAGCUUCCUUCUCCAGUUCUUGGUACGGAUUCACGUGGGCCACCAGAAAUGCAGCCGCCCGCCCAACCGCCUCGGCCGUCCACAUCAACAGGUUCUCCUCAAAGGCAACGCCUUGUAGAACAGACGCAACAACGGUCAACACCCACCCCACCACCCAUGGUUACAGGAGGACUCCGCCCAACCCCAACGCCUCCACCUCGCCAAACAUCGUCUUAUGAGCCGCAGUAUUUGGCUCAACCAGGAUUGCAAUCUUCACUUCGUCCCGCCUACGAAGGCGGCUUCGCCAUGCCACCGGGCUAUGAUCCAAACUUAAAACAACCCGGUUACGAUCGCCCACAUUACUCUUCAUAUGAACAGAACUACAACGAAAAUUCCCUGUCUGCAUAUGACCCAUCUCAUAAUAAGAACAAGAGAGAAAGUACAAUGUUUAUGGGUAAUAUGAUGCUUAACCAGCAAGGCUCCAAAAGUCGCCUAAGAGAGGAAAAUAGAUUUUGAUUGCAUCCGAGAAUUACAUACGGUCUCAAAUAGAAGGGGCGUUUCGAGGGAUCCAUCUAUAUAUCUCUCGAUGUAUUAUUGUUUCACCGUCGAUGCAGACGCUACCGUUUCUUAAAAUUUUCCAUUCGAUCUUCUGGUAUACGGACGAUAUUCUGUUUGCUACA